CUGCAACAGAAACGACGACGUCUUGCCGCAUAAUUUAUAAUUACUGUGAAAAGAACAAGAAAUAAUGUUUAAUAAUGUUUUUCCGGCUAAACAGGGAGUCCAAUAUUCCGCGAUAAUUCAAACCAUACGUCACUCACGACUCUACACAGAGAAUGCUUUUGACAAAUUUGUUGAAGCAACUCCUCCAGAAAUGCAACGUUCAGAUCUAGCACCUGCCAUUCUACAGCUGAAAGCUCUGGGCAUCGAUAAUGUCUUGCGAUUUAAUUUUCCCUCACCGCCACCAACAAAAAAUCUUCUGUGUGGCCUAGAACUGCUUUAUGCUUUGGGGGCCAUUGACAAUAAUGGAGAAUUGACAAGUCCGUUGGGAGCAACAAUGGCAGAAAUGCCAUUAGAUCCUGUCUAUGCCAAGUGUUUAAUAAUCUCAGGUACUAUGGAAUGCUCAGCGGAGAUAACAAUCAUCCUAGCUAUGCUUCAGGUGCAAAAUGUGUUUACAAUACCCGGAGGGGGUCAAGCAGCUCUGAAAGCACGAGUCGCACGUCGCAAGUUCGAAGCAGAAGAAGGGGAUCUGAUCACGUUGUUAAAUGUCUAUACGGCCUAUGAGUCCCAGAAAGUAACAAGCUGGUGUCACCAGAAUUUUCUCAAUCACAAAACGCUACGAAGAGCCACAGAAAUUCGUACCCAGAUGUGUAAAAUGCUUAAAAAGUUGAAUAUUCCACUUAUCUCUUGUCAACGUGACACCGAAAAGGUUCUGAGGUGCAUUACUGCCGGCCUUUUUCCCAACACUGCGUAUCUUCAUUACACUGGGGUGUACAGGACCGUUCGAGGUAGCAGGGAACUUCACAUUCACCCCAACAGCUGUUUGUACACUGUUCAACAGCCUCAAUGGCUCAUCUUUUGCGAAAUUUUGCACACCAGCAAAACGUACAUGCGAGAGUUGACAGUUGUAAAACCAGAAUGGCUGGAAGAACUAGCACCUCAUUUCUACCAAAGACGUGCCAUCGAUCCCUUCUAGCCCCCCAACGGAUGAAAAUGAAUGGAUCGCUGUUUUAAAAUACAUCAUAAACGAUGGAAGAAUUUGCAAGCACUAAAACCAUGAGAGAAGUUUUAAUUUUUCCAUCAAUGACUUUCAUUAGAUAGAAAAAAUUGAUAUGAAUUUUGGCAACUAAUAAAUUGGUACUUUGUGUAAACCGAGUUGAUUUAUUUUUUGUCGUCGUGAUCAAUACUCGAACUGAA